AUGGCGCCCAAGUCCGGAAGGGGCAGCCACAAGUCGCACCAUCACAAGUCCAAAGCUGCAGCGGCUGCUGACAAGAAAAAGAAGGAUCACUAUCGCAAAGUGGUGGUGCCUAGUCUUGUUGAUAUUACCGUCAUCACUCCCUAUGAUUCCCGUCUUGUUCUCAAGGGCAUCUCCACGGAUAGGAUACUGGACGUGAAACGGCUAUUGGGUCAGAAUGUGGAAACCUGCCACCUCACCAACUAUUCUCUCUCACAUCAGGUGAAGGGAGGGAGGCUAAGUGACAAAGUGGAGAUUACUGCUUUGAAGCCCUGCGUUUUGAAGAUCGUUGAAGAGGACUAUGCGUCGGAAUCGCAGUCCGUCGCACACGUCCGGAGGCUCCUUGAUAUUCUGGCCUGCACCACCGCGUUCGCCAAGCCCCGACGGUCCUCACCGCCGGAAUCCAAAUCCACAAGGAGCAACGCAGGCAGCAACAAUGGAGGACAAACAGCAUCCACAACGCCGGAGGCGCGGUCGUCGGCCAACUUGGAGGGCUUGGACAUGGUGGCGAUCCACCCGACGCCAAAGCUGUCGGCAUUUUACGACUUCUUCUCCUUCUCUCACCUGGCUUCUCCAAUUCUCAAUUUGAAGAGAUGUAGUGAUGGAAAAGAAUCAAGACGCGAAGGCGAUCAUUUUGAGAUGCAGAUUAAGAUAUGCAAUGGAAAGCAGCUGCAUGUGGUUGCAUCAGUAAAAGGGUUUUAUGUGGCUGGGAAGCAGUUCUCCCAAAGUCACUCCUUGGUGGAUCUUCUGCAAAAUCUCAGCCAAGCUUUUGCAAAUGCGUAUGAUUCCCUCAUGGAAGCUUUUGUGGAUCGCAAUAAGUUUGGAAACCUCCCAUAUGGUUUUCGUGCAAAUACCUGGCUGGUUCCUCCUUCUGUUGUCGAGUCUCCUUCAAAGUUUGCACCCCUGCCUGCAGAGGAUGAUUCUUGGGGUGGCAGUGGUGGAGGUUUAGGACAAAAUGACAUGCACGACCUUCGACCAUGGGCCACAGAGUUUGCAAUACUUGCUAGACUUCCUUGCAAGACUGAAGAAGAGAGAUUAGUACGGGACAGGAAGGCCUUUUUGCUUCACAACCUGUUUGUUGAUGUCUCAAUUCGUAAGGCGACUAGAGCAAUACAUCAGACCAUUGAUUCUAAUAUACGUGCAAAAGACAGAGUCCUCCUUGAGGAACGUGUUGGAGACUUGUUGGUUGUUGUUAUUAAUGAUGAUACAGAUGAGAGCUUGAAGUCCAGUCUGAAAGUCAAUGUUGAUCGGUUGUCUAAUACCUCUGCCAAAGAAGUAGACCAGAAGAACUUGCUGAAAGGCCUUACUGCAGAUGAGAGUGUUAUCAUUAAUGAUACUUCGUCAUUAGGGGUUGUGACUGUAAGACAGUGUGGAUACACUGCAACAGUUAGAGUUGUUGGUGAUGUGGACAAGACUACAUCUGCCCAAGACAUUGAAAUUGAUGAUCAACUGGAUGGUGGAGCCAAUGCUCUAAACACUAACAGCUUGAGGAUUCUGCUUCACCGGUGUGUCAGUUCUGAAUCACAAGGAUUGCCAACACCUAAGUCUGGUCCUGACAAUGCAGAAGAAUUGACGUGCCUUACCCAGAAAAUUUUAAAUGAGAAUUUAACUAAGAUAGAGGAAGAACCAGUUGUAUCUGAGAGGUCAAUCAGAUGGGAACUAGGAUCAUGUUGGUUGCAGCAUCUGCAAAAGCGAGAAGCAGCGACCGAGCCCAAUUCUAGUAGUUCCGAGGAAAGUGAUCAGAUUGAGCAUGCAGUGAAAGGUCUAGGAAAGGAGUUCAAAUUUUUGAAGAUGAGAGAUGAGAAACCUGCUGAAAGUGUCACGGAUGAGACGAAAAAGGCUGAAAGUGACCUGUACAGCAAAAGUGAAGGAACUGACCUAUGCAGCCAAAGUAAUCACGAGAACACUGGUGAUGAAUUGAAGAAAGUGCUGUCUGUUGAUUCCUUCUUGCGUCUGGAAGAAACCAAAACUGGGCUUCAUUUAAAGUCUCUGGAUGAGCUUGUUCAAAUGGCAUACAACUACCAUGAUGAAAUUGCUUUGCCCAAGUUGGUCGCAGACUUUGGCUUAUUAGAGCUUUCUCCUGUCGAUGGCCGCACACUCACCGACUUUAUGCAUUUGAGAGGACUACAGAUACGCUUUUUGGGUCGGGUGGCGAAACUUGCAGAGAAGCUUCCACACAUACAAUCUCUUUGUAUUCAUGAGAUGGUCACUCGAGCUUUCAAGCAUGUACUUAGAGCAGUUAUUGCAUCGGUUAAUGAUGUAUCAGACUUACCAUCAGCAAUAGCAUCAUCUUUGAAUUUCCUAUUUGGAAUUUGUCAAGGAGAUAAAAAUGAUACCCUCAAAGAUGAUCAUGCUCUGAAAUUGCGAUGGUUGAGGACAUAUAUCAAUAAACGGUUCGGGUGGACUCUAGAAGAUGAGCACCAGCACUUGAGAAAAUUAUCCCUUCUCCGUGGCCUGUGCCACAAGGUUGGGCUGGAGAUGGUUCCAAGGGACUAUGACAUGAACUCCCCCUGUCCCUUCAGGAGUUCUGAUAUUAUAAGCCUGAUCCCUGUUUGUAAGCAUGUAGGAUGCUCUUCAGCUGAUGGGAGGAAUUUGCUGGAAUCAUCUAAAGUUGCUCUUGACAAAGGAAAGCUAGAGGAUGCUGUUGACUGUGGUACAAAGGCACUGGUAAAGAUGAUAGCAGUUUGUGGUCCAUAUCAUCGAAUAACUGCAAGUGCUUACAGUCUGCUAGCUGUCGUUCUGUACCACACGGGUGACUUUAAUCAGGCAACUAUAUAUCAACAGAAGGCUCUGGAUAUAAAUGAGAGAGAGCUUGGGCUAGACCAUCCAGAUACAAUGAAAAGUUACGGGGAUCUCUCUGUGUUUUAUUAUCGUCAACAGCACAUUGAGUUGGCUAUGAAAUAUGUCAACCGUGCUCUAUUCCUUCUUCAUUUUACCUGCGGGCUGUCUCACCCUAAUACUGCCGCAACAUACAUCAAUGUGGCCAUGAUGGAAGAGGGCAUGGGAAAUGUUCAUGUUGCUCUCAGAUAUUUGCAUGAAGCCUUAAAGUGCAACCAAAGAUUAUUAGGCGCGGAUCAUAUACAGACAGCUGCAAGCUACCAUGCCAUAGCCAUAGCUCUGUCAUUGAUGGAAGCAUAUUCCUUGAGUGUUCAACACGAGCAAACCACACUUAAGAUACUACAAGAGAAACUUGGACCAGAUGAUCUUCGGACACAGGAUGCUGCUGCAUGGCUCGACUAUUUUGAAUCAAGAGCUCUAGAACAGCAAGAAGCAGCGCGAAAUGGAACUCCAAAGCCAGAUGCAUCCAUAGCAAGCAAAGGUCACCUUAGUGUGUCAGAUCUCUUGGAUUACAUUAAUCCUGACCAGGAUUCUAGGGGAAGUGACACACAGAGGAAACACCGUCGGGCAAAGGUAGUCCAACAAGCUCAUCAAGAUCUAGUAGUUGAAGGUGCCGCAUUCCAUGACGUUUCUGCCAACACAAUACCUUACUGCGAUGUAGCUAACGAGGACAUGAUUAAGCAGAAGGGGAAUGGAGAAAAUACCUCGAUAAACAGGCUUAGGAUGAUUCCAACUACAGCUCGUCAAGAAGCUUCAGAUGAAGGAUCAGUAGGAGAAACCCAAAACAGGGUUUCAGGGGAAACUGGCCGAAGAUCUGGUAAUCAUAUGGGUACAAGAGAAAGUGAUCUAGCUUUUGCAUCUGAACCUAUACUUGCUAGAGAAGAGGUUGAAGAAACUUCUUCUGAUGAGGGGUGGCAAGAAGCCCAUCCAAAAGGGAGGUUGUUUCGUGCUGCUAGCAUCAAGUCUGGUCGCAGAAGACCAGCUCCCACAAAGCUAAACAGAAAGGAUUCUCAUCGUUCAAGUUUCAUAAACCGAACAGCAUAUACAAAGGACGCUACUUCGCUCAAGAAACCCAAUAUUCAACAUAGUUUCAGGGAACAGUCAAUCAAACACCAGGCAAAGUCUCCUGAAUCGAAAUCUUCAUCUGCUCAAUUAAAUUUCGCUGCUGUGGUGAAUAGGUCACUGUCUUACAAGGAAGUAGCUAUUGCUCUGCCGGGAACUGUUCUGAAACCGUUUGUGGACAACACUGUGGACGAUCAAAAUGAUGAAACACCUGAGAAGAAACAGACAUGCUACGAGCAGUCACCUUUACAAGAUGCAACUGACAAUAGCAAGGCAGACAGAGUAGAUGAGAGCAUGACUCAGACAGAUGAAUCAGUUGGUAAAGUUGCAGAGGAGAGUGCUUCCUUUGACCAGAAUAAAUGCACAGAAAAUGCGAGUAAACUUUCAGCUGCAGCUGAGCCAUAUAAUCCAGCUCCCAUCACUGCCAUUUGUGACAUUGGAGCUAGUCAUGAUUCGGUUGAACAUCCAGUUGCUCCGCCUGUCUCUGCGAGAGUUGCUCGUGGACCACGAUCGCGCUUCUACUUCAGAUCAAGCCGGUCGUUCAGCUUGCAGCGUGGCUUCCUGAAAUACCAAGCUCCUAUGCCGAUAAUAUCUACUAGAACCAUGAACCCACACGCUGCGGAAUUCAUACCAAGGAAAGCGUGGGUGCCAAGGCACCGGAAUGGAGACUCGAGCACAGCUGAAUCCGAUUCAUUUCCCGAGGCAGAUGAAACGGGAGACGAGAAAUCCAGUAACGAAGGCAGAGAUGGAGUUUCGGGAAAGGCCACCAGCUCGGAGUCCGAGAAGGCCGAACUCGCGAGGCAAAUACUGCUUAGCUUCGUCGUGAAAUCUGCGCAGAACAGUGAGAAGAUGCUGCAGGAUGCUGGAAAUUCAUCGAAGACUGACAGGAACGUGGCGGCGCGGGUAGAAGCCCUGGAUAGGGGAGCAAGGGUGGGAGGUCAUGUUGCGGCGGGGGAUCGUAGUCGUCCCCGGGAACAGGUUACAACGAGCGUUGCAGAAAAGAAGAAGAAAGGCGAUAGUGAAGGAUUUACAGUUGUGACAAAGAGGCGAAGAAGAAACAGGCAGCGGUUCGCAGGUGGGGCGAGUGGGUUAUACGACAACCAACAGCAGUCCAUAUGUGCAUGA